AUGACGUCACCCAGAUAUAAGCGUGCCCUCAAGAAGAAGCUCAAGUCAGAGCUUGAUGUGGUCGUCAGCAGUCUGAGGAAGGAGAAUGCCUUUCUGAAGAAGACCCUGGUUGAAUUGAAUAGGCUAGUAGAGAGAUUGCUCUCUCUUGAAACUGUCGGGCUUGUGAGUUUUCAGCAGCUCACGACCAGAGACGAGAAGGCUUUGCCGUCAGAGCAGAUGAGCGCUUCAGAUGAAUGGGCCUCAACCAACACUGCAAUACAGGUCAAAAAUGACCUAAGUGAGGCCUUGGAGAAGAACAAGCAGUGGCUGGAAUAUGACCAGCGGAGAGAGGCCUACGUGGGGGCAACUCUGGCCAGAAUGUUAUGGCUGGAGAAGCAGCUGAACGAAGCCAAUCAGGCCCGCUUACAGCAGCACAAUGAGGACCAUUCAGAUAGUGAGUGAGACAGUGGGCAGUGGGUACUCACUGCUGGGGCCACAAGGGGCAACAGACUGUCACAACAAGAGAUGAAGAAAAUAAGCCAGAUGCAGGAGCACUAUGAAAGACUCUUACAGAAAGCCAAAGACGAGCUGGAGGUGCUCAGAGAGAAGUUCAACAUGACCCAAAACUGGUGCGUGGAAACAGAGAGGGAGAUGGAAGAGCUAAAGCAACAGCUGCAGACUGCAAAUAUGAGCAGAACAAGUGCACCGGGAGAUCAUCAUUGCUCUGAGGAUGAAGAACAAUGGCUGAGUGCUGAGACCGAAGACCUCCAGUGCAGACUGGAUAAGGAGAAGCGGAGGUCUGCUCACUUUGAGCUGCAGAUUUCUUCACAAGACCUCGAGGAUGAGAAGCAGAAUUGUUCAUAUUUAAAGAAGCAAAUGGUCAGAGUUCUGAAGAAGCUGCAAAAACCUAGAGACCACGCGACAAAACAGUCAAAGAGAGACCAGCAGGAUCGCACCUCCUGUGAAGUGGCCUCCCUGAGCUCCAGAGACACCCUGACAUGGUCCCCUCCCAGCAGCUCGCUGGAUGAAAGCUUCCUGGAGUGUCCCAGCUGCCGAGCCGAGUAUCCAGCCAGUCACUACCGAGAACUGAUGAGCCACCUAGAAAUCUGUUUCGACUGAGCCGAGACGAGAACUUCUUCAAUUCUGUAUCUUCUGUAAUAUGGAUUGUUGUUGUUUUUUUACCUGU